AUGGGCAUUGAAGUCUUGAGGUCUAAGUCAGGUGUCAUCCUAAAUCAAAGGAAGUAUGUAUUGGAGUUGGUUUCUGAUCUAGGCCUAAGUGGUGCUAGGGUGGCCAACACACCUUUGGAAUGCAAUCUGAAGCUAACAACUAUGGAGUAUGAUAAGGCAAUUGGAGUCAAAGGUGAUGAAAUGCUGGAAGACAUCAACAAAUACCAAAAGUUGAUUUGGAGACUAAUGUACAUCACUAUCACAAGACCUGAUAUCAACUUUGCAGUCCAAACACUGAGCCAGUUCAUGCAAGCAUCAAAGAAGUCACACUGGGAGGCUGCAACAAGACUGGUUAGGUAUCUAAGAGGUAUAGUAGGUCAAGGAAUCUGGCUGCAGGCUACAGAAGCUAAUGAGUUGACCUGUUGGCGUGAUUCAUAUUGGGCAUCAUGCCCAAAUACAAGAAGGUCAGUGACAGGAUAUGUUGUGAAGCUUGGGGACUCUUUGAUCUCUCGGAAGUCAAAGAAGCAACAAACAUUAUCUAGAAGUUCAGCAGAGGCAAAAUACAGGAGCAUGGCAUCAACAAUAGCAAAAAUACAUGGUUGUUGGGGUUGUGCAAAGAGCUAG